AUGACAGGCGGAACCCUGCGCCAAUGGGACGGCGGGGCGGGGCGCGGCGGUCACCUGACCGGGACGGCGCCGGAGCGGCGCCAUGGGGUGGGCUCAGACGCCCGGGUGCCACUGACACUGUUCCCCUGCCCCGCUCCCCAGUCAUCAGGCGACCUAGAGAACGAUGAGCAGACGGCCGCCAUCCUCUCGGAGCUGGUGGCCACGGCCUGUGGGCUGCGGCUCCAGCGCGGCCAUGACCCCCCCUUUAAGCGCCUCUCUGUGGUGUUCGGGGAACACUCCCUCCUCGUCACUGUCUCUGGACAGAAGCUCUUCGUGGUGAAGCGGCAGAACCACGUCCAGGAGCCCGUUGCCGUCUGAGACGCACCCCCGCUGUCGCCAAAGCGGGGGACAGUCCCCCUCAUCCCCACUGUCCACAGGGCCUCAGGGUAGCGGAGGACCGGCUCCCCUGUCCCUGCUGGCCCCAGGGCCCUGCAGCGACACCCAGUCACAUCCCUGUCACCUCGAGGGCCUUGGGGACUGGUCCUCCAUGUCCGUGCAGUCCCCAAGGCCACGUGGUGUCCCCCAUGUGCCUCGGGUCCCCACAGCAUCACACCCCCGCACACACUGUCCCUCUAUUGAGGCAAUAAAUUAU